ACACAACGAACACGCGAGCAUCUUUCUCGAGAUCGUAUCGAUACGUGUUCUGUGAAAUCGCUCGAAAACUCCUUCUAUUUAUCCCGCCCUUCGCGAACUUUUCGAAGUGACGAGGAAAAAUAUAUACAUAAAUAUAUUCGCAGCGCUCCUCCGCGCGUAAACGCGAUGACGCGUCCGUCAAUAAUGGCGAUCUGCAUCCUCGUGGCACUCGCACUGCCUAUAUUCACCUGCGGACUUCCUGCGAUCGACCACAGCGGAUCGGCCUCAAAGGCACUGCCUGUACGUGACUCGAAGCCAGCGACUUCCUCGGACGCCGAGCAGAAGAAAGUAGCGAUCGUCGCGUCGCCAUACGUACGACGCGAAAGCGCAUUGGUCCCCGAGAAAUCACGACAAAAACGACAGUCGGAUCAUAGACUAGCCGAGCUGGAGACGCUAAUAACCCUGUCGCUGGUGAGCAACAUGCUGUCGCAAAUGAGAUACAAGAAACUGGACCCUAUGGCAAUUGGUCGCCGAAGACGCGCCAUUACGAGGAGGCUGAAGAGGAGCUUCCCAAGACCGCUGCCGAUUGUCGCUCAUCAGCAUCGCCUCGCAAAUUAAAUCAUGACGCGGGGAUGUGAGCGCGGCGCCCAUAACACCGCUCGUUAGCUGACUCAGCCGAAAGAUCGUUUACUAAACCGUGAACCGUCGGCCGGCGCGUGGCCGACGGAAAGAUGGACUUUAUUACAAUACAGCACGGGGGUUGGGAAUCUUGCGCGCGACAGCGAGGACACUUUCGCUCGAGGGUGUGAAACGAAAAAUGUUCGAACAACGAAUACGUGACAAGACACGGUUAGGGACUAAGAAUGUCCGCAGAGAAUGUCGCAUAUACAUUCAAAUAAAUCCAUUGGCAAUUACCAGCAAGUUGGUAAAUUCAGCGAAUGUGAUGAAUCUUGGUCUUAAUUCGCGUACUCGACGACGAAUCACGCAGUCAUCAUUACCGACGCGUUAACGAAUGAUUCUCCAACACUCCUCCCGAUAACAACAAUGAUUUUCCAAUUCUUAUCGAACAUUCUGCAAAGUAUAUUAAUAUUAAUACGUGUACUCACGUUACCACGUCGACUAACUCGAGUGUCGCAGCCGGGAUUUCUGUCGCUUGGUGACAACUGCCGACGAACCUCAUGUGUGCGCGUCUGCUGAAGACUCCGCCAAAACUGAAAUCACAAGACCGCAUUUAGUCAGAUAUAUAUAUAUAUAUAUUUAUUUCCGUGAGAACGUGAGAAGGUGAGAAGAUGAGAACGUUCCUUCAGAACACUUAACGGUAAUCAUAAAAAUACAGGCGCACAUUUGACUUGAACAUUGAAACGGGUAUAUAAGCGUCGCGUACAGACAAUAUUCGUUUGUCUCUCUUCUCCUCGCUUUCUCACCCAAUUAUACAUUCGCGCUUCGAGCAAGCUCAAAGUCUACACAACUAUUGUUACUCAUGAACGAUGUUCACAAUGAACCGCACGAGAAGUAUUUAUUGUCAAACCUUCACAUCAUAUCACACGCGACACGUUUCGAAGUGCGUCAACGCGCCUGCUCGUGCUCUUGCUUGAGGCGCGACCGUUUAGAUUACCAUGUUUAGGUUUAGCAACUAAACUACACGAAACGGACCACACGGUGCGUCUGUAGAUGUAAGGAAAUACUGUAAUUAAAAGAAAAAAGUAAAAC